UGCUUUCUGAGAUGAUGCACUCCAGGCUCCUGCCGGGACUAGCUGAACACUCACCAACUUCUCACCCAGGUCCUAACUCCAUCCACGAGUCCUACAAGGGUUACAAUCUACUGGACCAACUCUCGGAGAGAAAGAGAGAGAGGAGAAGACUUGGUCAGCUCAGAGUGUUAUGGAACGUUCAGCCACUGUAACUCUGCCUAGGAGAUCCCGUCUUUUUUUACCAUUCUAAAGCUUAUCAAGAAGACUUUGAAGCGAGCAGAGGGAGAGAGUUGGACAUUGGCAAUAUUUGUAAAAUAUCGCACAGAAAUCUGAAGAAAAAACAAAAGAACCAGGCAGCAGGGAAUCCUAAUGCAUGCUGAUUAUUAACAGGAUCAAAGCAGGAAGAACAUUUAAGAAGAAAAUUAAUAUUUCAACAUGUCUUGGUUGUAAUUUUUGAAUGAAAUGAUCCAAGGCUAUCUUCCCAUCCAGUGGAACAGAAGAAAGAAAACAUAUGAAUUUUCUCUUCCAUGGAUAAAUAUCAAAACAGGACCAUGGAUCUUCGAGACGUGCUGAGAACAAUAAGGAUGAAGGCCAAAUAUGCGCUCUUCUUGGGUUUUGUGGUGGUUUUGGUCAUCAUUGAAAAAGAAAACAAGAUCAUCUCAAAGGUAUCUGACAAACUUAAUUUGAAGCAAAUGCCACUGAAUCUUUUUGAGUUGAACAGCACAGACUCCAAUACUGAAUACACAGACAACAGUUCCUUGGCAUCUCUUAAUAAAUUAGAUUCUGACUUUUUGAAAUUUGGGAACCGACUGCUGAACGUCACUUUACAAUUUGGAGGAAACACCCAGUUGUUUGAAGAAAAUCAGAAGGCACCUCAUCGACAGAUUCUCCUUAUGGCCACCACCCGUACAGGUUCUUCUUUUGUGGGUGAAUUCUUUAACCAACAUGAAAACAUCUUCUAUCUGUUUGAACCUCUCUGGCACAUUGAAAGGACUGUGUCUUUUGACCCCACUGGGGCUAAUGCAGUGAGUUCAGCAAUUGUCUACAGAGAUGUUCUCCAGCAACUUUUUCUCUGUGAUCUUCACAUCUUGGAACACUUCAUCUCCCCCACCCCUGAAAAUCAUCUAACUAGAUUCAUGUUUCGUAGAGGUUCCAGCAAGGUCUUGUGUGAAGACCCAGUGUGUACUCCCAUAGUAAAAAAGGCCUUUGAAAAAUACCACUGCAAAAACCGUAGAUGUGGCCCUCUGAACAUUGCAUUGGCAGUGGAAGCAUGUUUAAAUAAAAAACACAUGGCUGUUAAGGCAGUACGCAUUCGUCAACUAGAAUUCCUUCGCACACUAGUUGAAGAUCCCCGUUUGGACUUGAAGAUCAUACAGUUGGUACGUGAUCCCAGAGCGGUGCUUGCAUCUCGCAUGGUUGCUUUUUCUGGCAAGUAUGAAUCAUGGAAAAAAUGGGCACUGGAGGGGGCAGCUCCUAUUCCUGAAGAUGAAGUUCAAAAGUUAAAGGGCAAUUGUGAAAGUAUCCGUACAUCAGCAGAAUUGGGCUUGAGGCAGCCAGAAUGGCUUCGGGGACGCUACAUGCUGAUCCGAUACGAAGAUAUUGCACGUUCUCCUCUUGAAAAAGCCAAAGAGAUGUACAGGUUUGCUGGGAUUCCAAUUACCCCGCAGGUGGUGGAGUGGAUCAACAAAAACACUCAAGCUUCCCAAGAGAGCAACGGCAUAUAUUCUACACAAAAGAACUCCUCAGAGCAGUUUGAGAAGUGGCGUUUUAGCAUACCCUUCAAAUUAGCACAGGUGGUCCAGGAUGUCUGUAAGCCAGCAAUGAAUUUGUUUGGCUACAAGUUGGCUAGUGAUUUAGAAACACUUACUAAUCGAUCUAUCAGUUUGCUUGAAGAAAGGGUUAAUUUUUGGGUUACGUAGUGCUCUCCUAUUUAUGGUAAAUUUAUGUACUGAAAAGGAACUGGUAGUGAAUUGAGUUCCCGAUAUAAGUGAUAUUUAAAGGGAACAUAUUUGCACCUGCUGAGCCGCUUUAUAGCCUUGUGUGCAUUUCCCGAUGAAUUGCUUCCUAAAUUAGGAAGCUCCAUUUAUUGCAAACUCAGGGGAAGAUGCUAGAGGCCGAUUAUCCAGAAUGGCUUUAAAAGUGGAUGAUUCCUGCUGAUGUAUAUAAACUGCCUACUUAUAUCCAGCAGCUAAAUUAAUGUUGGUCAGAAAACAAGGCUAGUGGCUUUACUUCCUCUCAAAGCUUCUCUACAGCACAAUCAAUAUUCAGAAGCUGAAUGGAGGAUUCCCGCACUAAAACACUCCCAAAGAGAUUUCUGAUCAUUGGACCUUAGGUAUAUGUACAAGUGCUGUGCACAGCAACAGAAAUAUCCAAACACAUUUCAAGUGCAUACAAACCACAUUAUGUUUUUUAAAAUGUAAAUUUCAUCAUUUUUUGUGAUGUCUGUUUUGUUGCAGAUUUCAUUACGUUGUUGUUUAAUGUUAAAAAACAA